AUGCCAAGAAAUUUGUUGGACCGAGGUGUUGGACAAGACGGAUUGGCACUACAGAUGGUUUCCGGCGCCACUUUUGGUCGAUUCCCACCGUCAAAGAUGUGGUCGAACGGCCGGGCUACGCAGUACAGUCGUGUCAUGAUAAACCUUUACGCCGAACACUUAGCAGGAGGAUUUCUGGGGCUGCAGGUCAAUAUGUGCGGUCCGGACAAAAUGCACCAGGGUAGCGCAGUACCUGUCUGGAGCGAUCCAGCAAUUGAAGCACACAAAGGCUACUUUCCAGGCUCCUAG